AUGGUGAUGCUGCCCCUUCUCGUCUCUGGCCUCAUGGCGGCGGUUUCCGUAGCUGGCCCUAUGGACAUGAGGGCCGUUGGGCAUCAUUGUGCGACACGCAGCCCCCUGGAGGAGCGCGGGCUGUUCGCACGACAGAGGCCUCAGCAGAACCCCCUGCCUGACGAUGGACAAGAGAUCAACUUGGGCUUUGUUUUGCAUUUCUGCUGCGGCGGGGGCAGCCAAUGCCCCUCGGACUCGGUCGCUGAAAAGGCCGUCGAAGACAUGAACGGGCUCUUUGCAAAUGGCAAGAUCAAGUUCAACCUGCAAAACGUUUCGCGUAUCGCCGAUCCACUCUGCAUUUCCGGUGUGACAGAUAACAAGGCCAUGGACCAGCUGAAGUCGCGGGUCCAUCAAGGCAAUACGACCACUCUCAAUAUCGUCUACGUGCCGACAAACUCGGGCGCAGGAACCAAAGGCAUGUGCAUCGUGCCGGAAAAAGGCACAAACAUUUCCAAGGGUAUUGGCGACGUGGACGGAUGCGUUGUGGCCAUGGACACUCUGCCCAAGAGUAAUAGUAGCAACGGCGGCAAUGGUCGUCUACAAGGAAAUAACGGAAGCGGCGGACGACUUGGAGGGCUAUUCGGCCAUCUUUUUGGUCGCCAGGACGGCGGCGUCGAUGGCGGCGUCGGCGGCGGCGGCGAUGCCCAUAUCAGCGGCGCCCUCGCCACCUCUGUACAUGAGACGGGCCACUGGCUUGGCGAGCUUCAUGCCGGCGGCGGCGGCGACGUCCCCGACACCGCAAACGUCAUGGUACCUUGGUCGAUAUUUGAAAAGCAGUAUUCAUUCACUGCAGAUCAAUUCCAACGGAUGCGCCAGACGGCACUUGCUCGUGUGAACGACAAAAACACCCCCGUGGCUAACAAGACGGAUACUGGCCCUGUAGACGGCGUCGUCAACACUCAACCUCAGCCUCCACAGCCUCCUAUUGAAAAUGGGGAUGGCGUCGUUAACACUCAACCUCACCCUCAGCCUCCUAUUGAAAAUGGGGAUGGCGUCGUUAACACUCAACCUCACCCUCAGCCUCCUAUUGAAAAUGGGGAUGGCGUCGUUAACACUCACCCUCAGCCUCACCCUCCGUUUGGAAAUGGGAAUGGCGGCGACAACACAGCCGGCCAGGGAAAUCCCGUGAGACCCACUAAUUCCGGUUUUAAUCCGAUUGGAAAUGGGGAUGGCGGCGUCAAUACUCACCCUCGCCCUCACCCUCCGUUUGGAAAUGGGAAUGGCGGCGACAACACAGCCGGCCAGGGAAAUCCCGUGAGACCCACUAAUUCCGGUUUUAAUCCGAUUGGAAAUGGGGAUGGCGUCGUCAACACUCAAAACCCUCACCCUCCAUCUGGAAAUGGGAAUGGCGGCGACAACACAGCCGGCCAGGGAAAUCCCGUGGGACCCAUUAAUCCCGAUUUCAAUCCUAAUUCUGCCGCUUUCUGGGCCUACAUGAAGCAAAUUUUUGGAGACCGCCUUUCUGGCUUUGAAGUCUCCCGCAUCGGUGCCCGUGCCGAGCCAGAGGCGGAAGCCGACGAGUCUGGCCUGGUGCACAUUGCCCGACGCGAGGGGACUGAGGCGGAAGCCGACGCGUCUGGCCUGGUGCACAUUGCCCGACGGGAUGACGCAGGGGAGCCCGAUGGCUCUGGUUUGGUCCACAUUGCUCGCAAGUAG